AGACUUGGAAGCCCCGCGGUGAUUGGCUAAGAGGCAAGAGUAGUGUUUGUGUGUAGCCAGUGAGCGGGGCGGUUACAGGUACGUACGCAGAGGGGGCGGGGCUUGUGAACAUGUGCAUUUGUGGACUACGAUUUGGAGUCAACACAUUAUUCUUACUUGACCGAGUGAGUGAACUAGAUCGUCGGAAACAGUGUGUUUGGCUUCAGUGUUGUGUGUGUGACUGAACGCGGAAGUUGUCAGAGAGAGACCAUUCGUUUGUGAAACGUUGAUGUCAAUGUCCAAUACUUAUUAAUCCUUAUAUCGAAAAAAAAUGUGAUUCAUUACAUUAUCUGGAAAAACGACUAAAAGGUUUUCAAGAGGAAUCUUCACAGUGGGACAUUGUAUACGAAGAAGAACCAAGGAUAUAAGAUAAAAUAGACAUUUGUAGCAGUGCUUGACAGAGUAAUCAAGUAUUCGACCAAAACAUACAUGGAGAUAUUGAUUUUUUUCUCUGGAUAAUCUCCUGGAAAACACUUUGGAAUUCACAGCCACGACCAUAUUUACCCUGACUGAUGUCAAGGUAGAGUUGGCAAAGGAAAAUGAGGCAGAGCAGCAAGAGUGAGUGGCAGAGUUAGUGCGUCCCUGUGGGAGGUCACCAGAUACCCAAGUGAUACCCGACCCCUGUAGUACCUGGCAGGGCACGCGACACUCCACAGGGCCUGCACCCCCAAGGGACAGUUACAACAUAGUGCCAACGCUUAUGGUGCCAGCCGGCUUAACGCAUUCAAUGAUGUAAUAAUAUACUUAGGGUGGCGAAUGCAAUAUCCAUGCAAUUUUCCUGGAGGAAAAGAAUCACUUUUAUGAUCACAUACAUAUACUAAACAAGCUUUGCCAGUUAUCUAUGAGAACAUUCAGAGAAGGAAGCCCACUGAACUCGUGGAUUCCGAACGUACAUAUUGUGACUUGGAGGUGAUAUAGAAUCCAGAUUCGAAUAGAAGUAAACACAAUGGAACACGGGUACGAGCUAAGGCAGUUCUGUGGCGGAGAAGUGAGGACGGCGGAGAGGUACUACCAGCACCAGCCACAUGAGCGCGACUGGGAGGGCGGCAUCGACAACGAAGGCCUGGAUAUCAGCCAACUGGAGAGCUACAUCAACGAUGACAAUAACGACACCAUGUACUUCGGUGACCUGCAGGGUGUUGGAGACAUCAAAUCUCUGGGCAACGGUACACCCAGGGAAUCUCCAUCCCGCCUCCUGCACCACCACCACCAUCAUCACCACACCGCCCUGCACCACCACAGCUCCAGCAGUCAAGACCUCGUGACACACCCUGACCUUAGUUCUAGUGGCAAGUCUCCCUCGAGCAUGACCUACGGCCUCCCUGGCUCUGCUCCCACCAAUGGGGAAGCCGAGGGCAUGGCCAUGAUGGGACCGAAGGGCGGAGCUUCCUUGCCCAUUGGUUACUCCAAUCCUUACCACAGAUACAAUUCUUCCUACGGUAGCUAUCGACAUCACCUGCCGGACAGCCCGCCGGACUCAGGGUCGGAGCCCCCCUACUCCCCGCCAGACCAGCCCAAUCUUUCCCCGCACCAGAAGGCGGCGGGCGUGGCCGACAUGUACACGAGCCCGGCCGGCGGCAACGGGGAGACCAUGAUGUCCUUCCCGUACCAGAUCCUGCAGGCUCCCCAGGCCCUCCCGCACCAACCUAACCCCGCCCACAACCCCACCCACGCGCCCCUCCAGACCCAUCAACCCACGAACCUCGGCUAUCAGCAGCAGCAGAUGCUCAUGGGCAGCUCGAACCUGUCGGGUUCAGGUGGGAUCUCCCCUUCGGCGCCGUCAGUGUACGGGUCGCAAGGUGGCAUCUCGCAGGGGCCGUCCUCGGGCGGGGGGGCGGGAGGCGUGGCUCCAGGCGCGGGCGGCAAGAAGCGCAAGAUGAAUGACACGGGCGGACUGUCCUCCAUGGUCAACAUCAAGCAAGAGCCAGACCAAGUAGGAGUUACCAGCCACCUGGGUCCUAACGUGGCCGUCACCUCCUACACUGAGGAGGAUGAGUACACCAUGGACUCCUCCGGCGGGCCUUUCCUUGAUGGAUCCUAUCAGUGCAUCCGGUUCCAGAACUUCCAGCAGCAUUCAUGGAGCCUCAUGUGUGAUGCCGGACUCAAGGAAAUACCGCUGACGACAUUCCGGGUGGAUGCUGACAAAGGUUUCAACUUCUCCAACCCGGAUGAAGCUUUCGUUUGUCAGAAGAAGAAUCACUUCCAAGUCACCGUCCACGUCCAGGUUUCUGGGGGAGAACCCGUUUUCGUCAAGAGCCCCGACGGCUUGCAGAAGAUCGACCAAUUCUUUGUCCACUUCUUCGGCGUCAAGACCGAAUCUCCGUCACAGAGUAUCCGCGUUGAGCAGAGCCAGAGUGACCGCAGCAAGAAGGCCUUCCAUCCCGUCCCGGUGGACCUCAAGCAAGACCACAUGAGCAAGAUCACGGUAGGGCGCCUCCACUUCUCCGAGACCACGAGCAACAACAUGAGGAAGAAGGGGAAGCCGAAUCCCGACCAGCGCUAUUUCUACCUGGUUGUGGCGCUGAAGGCCCACUGCGGGGACAACGCCUACACCAUCGCCGCGCAUGCGUCCGAGAAGAUCAUUGUCAGGGCCUCCAACCCCGGGCAAUUCGAGAGCGACGUGGAAUACACUUUCCAGCGCGGGACGUUGCCAGAAUCCAUCUACCACAUGGGACGCGUGGGUGUGAACACGGAUCGACCUGACGAAGCCCUGGUCAUACACGGAAACCUCAAGAUCACCGGCCAGUUCCUGCAGCCUUCUGACAAACGGGCCAAGAAGGAUGUUGCUGAGGUGGACACAAAGGAACAGCUGAAGAACGUGCAGAACCUCCGUGUGGUGAAAUACGCGUACAAGGAAGAAUUCGCGGAGCAGGUCGGGAUGAGGGGAGAUGACGUCUACGACACGGGUGUGAUUGCGCAGGAGGUGAAAGAGGUCAUACCCGACGCCGUAAAAACAACAGGUGACGUCACACUUUCCAACGGCGAGAAGAUCGACAACUUUCUCUUGGUCAAUAAGGAACGGAUCUUCAUGGAAAACGUCGGCGCCGUGAAGGAACUCUGCAAAGUGACCGGCAACCUGGAGAACCGCAUCGGCGAGCUCGAGAGAAUGAACCAGAAGAUCUCGCAACUUCGGCGGUUCGAAUCGUUCAAGUCGACCACCUCCUCCAUCUCCACGCGAACCUCUGCUACCUCGCGCGUGUCCUCAGUAAGUCAGCGGGGACGAGGUUGCUCCCGACGGCGGCACAAGCACCUAGGAGGCGGCCAUGAUGACGGAUUCUGCAACAACAAGUCCUUGCAGGUCACCACAAUCACCCUCGUGUGCAUUAUGGCUUUGUGUUUAAUGGCCAUGGCGACGAUCUUCAUCCUGGACUACCAAGACCGCCGGAAGAGUACGACGUCCGCCCCGACCCCCACGACUACGAGUACGCCCAUUUUCCUGUCGUCCUCCAUGAUAACUCCAUCGUACCGGCCUCCCUCCACAACGAGGACUACUUCGACAGAAGACGGGUCCCUUGCCUCCACCUGGUUCACGAAGCUUUCCACGACGACCACCACGAGUAUGCCGGUCUACCCGCUGCCGCCCGUCAUCGGCAAGCCGGACGGGUGUUACGACGAUGGGCCGACGUGCCAGGUAUUCUGCUGCCCUGUGGAUGAACCGAUGCUUGGUCCGAGCCCCACGACAGUGAGCCCCAUCACCAUCACACGACGGCGCCCGCAUGGCACAACGACGGUUCUGCCCACCAUGAGUCGGUACAGCGAACUCAUCACCAAUAAGCUUUCCACCAGCGACCCCAACACUGUUAAUGACUCUACUACACAGGCAGAGACACAGCGACUCAAGCCUGUUCCAAGCAAGAAGUCUACAUCCUUGGAUCAGUACUCCAGGCUUUCGCGUUUCCAACCACGCAUGAGUCGCCCAUCCACCUACCGUAGCAUCAAGCAGACUCUCAGCAAACGUUCCAUCCACACCAAGAGGUCCACUGCAAGCACCAGGGACCAUUUCAAGCCGCAGACAAGGGUAAACAUACAGAUCCCCACCGUAAUGAUCGUCGAAUUGAACACAAGCAUCAACCACCUGUACUGCUUCAAUUCCUCCGAGUUCUAUCAGGAUUGCUUGAUGAACAACGCCACCAAUUACACGUACAUGCUCCCCAUUUCCAGGUUCAUGCCACACACCAACCUCACGUUACAGUUUAGCUUCAUGUUGGGGGCGACACCCAGACGGCCUUUCUUCUGCGGGAACUCGAGCGACAGCAUCCCUAGCUUCCCCUCCGAACAGUGCUCGGAUUCUGGCGGUCUGCUGUCGCCCAACGAGGUCGUCGAGGGCGUUGGCGACGGUGCCUCGGGCUCCUACUACGUCACACUGAAAAACGUUGGCAUGUGGCACCAAGUGUUAUACAAGUUCCGGAUACCGAAAGAUGUAGAGGAGGAGGACACCUGUAACCUAUCAUCGGACCAGCUUGGCUUGGAAUACUACGAACUUAACUUCAUAUUCCAGAGAGUUUGUAAUCAGUAAAUAAAUGUUGAUUAUUUAAAUUGAAAACAAAAUAAAUGAGAGAGAAGACGCUUUCCUCACGAUGCGAGCGAAAGAAUGAAAAGAAAUUCUUAAAGGCAUCAUGAUUGGGGCAAGAACAUACGAUCUCUGAAAGAAUCAACACAGACCAAGGUUGAGUUCAGUCUGGAAAGGUUCCCGUCACAGGCUCAGCGGCCUUGCUCUUGCUGCCCCGCUUCGGCUGGCGUCACAAUCAACAGCAGUGGAGAAAAAACAACUGCCGGAGUUGAAGCGGACACUCGGAGUACCAUGACAAACCCCUGGAUCACACAGGCCACGCGGCCCUUGCAGGAGCAGAGGUUUCAUGAAGUUAAGAAUUCUGGACAAGAAAGACCGAGCGCAAUUUGUACAGGUGAUUUCCUCCCGUGGGUUCGAGUAGGCUUCCUCUGUAUCGCGGGCUGCAGUGAUGUGAUAGUCUGUAGUGGGCAAUUAAAAAGGUGGGUGUGAUUUCCGAAGAGGCAGUCACAUCAAGGAUCUGAUUAGGUAUAGGAUUGUGAUGGAAAAUGUAUAUAGUUUGUAAAUAGAUUAAAUUAAUUUUUGAAGAUAAAUUUCUAUAUGUUAUCUUUAUAUCACUUUCAAGACCAGAAUUAUUUGUAGUUCUGUGAAAGUUGUACUUAAGCUAAGGUUCAAAGCGCGUGGUUAGAACACUCAUCACCUUUGGGAACCAUUCAUUCCGAUAGGGCCAAAUGCAUGUAUUCCUUUGCUAAAAAAAAAAAUGUGGCGUAUUAUCUUUCAGUUCUCAUUGUUUUCCUGAUUAUUGGAGAUUUAAAACUUGAACUCAGCUGAUCAUUGAAUAUAGUAUAUUUAAGAUUAUGUGUAUCGAUCAUCAUCAGCAUGAAUAAAACAAACGUAUGAGUUGUUUCAAAAGGAAAUAAACCAGGGAGCAUGGAUAUAUCUGCCUUUGGCCCCGCCUUUCUCAUGGUGCAGCGGAGGUCUGGUUGGUCAUAGUGCCAGCUGGUGGGCGAAGCAUCAGGUGGCGCAGAUGGUUGUGAAGAAAGAAGCCCUUCCAGACCCCGCCUACCUCGUGCCAGCAACAGCUCUGCUUUUCGUCGUGUUGUCUUUCAAGUACUCAAGAAACGUUUGGUGAUAUUUUAUUCUACGAUGUCGGCAUGUUUUGCCGUGGACUUUUGAAGUGAGAGUAGAAUCCCAAAGUUUGUGUUUCUGUGCUCGAGAUUGGUUAUCUGGAUUAUGAUAAACGAGUUACCAUGUUGUGUGAGCUGGACUUACAAAAUUGCUUGACAGCAUUAUAACCCUCGCUUGCUGGGCCUGUUUCCGAAAUACUAUAAGGUUGUCAAAGGAGAUACCCAAUGCGAAGAUAACUUGUACCGUUGAAACACUGGUAUUGAAUUUCUUGCCAGAAAGAAAGUGUGUGACGUUUACUCAUUUAUUUUUCUAUUCGAUUUUAAGAUUAAAUACAGUUUAUCAUAAAGUGCCGGAAGUGAAACGUCUCUUGUGAAUAUAUUUGCUCAUGAGUUCUCAAAAGAGUAAAGAAGAAUGUCGAUGGAGACGUGAACGCAUGUGGUAAAAUUUUUACUCAUACAAGCCCACCAACUUUUCCGUACGACUUAGGGUUUAUAGUUGUAAAUCCUCAGAUAGGUUAUAUCCCCCAAAAUGCUUGACGUUAAGUUUUUACAGUUUAAUUUUCUAUGUAACAGGGUUCAAGGUACUGGUUACCAGUCUUGUUGAAAAGGAAGCUAAAUUUUGCAAUAAUGCAACCGAAAAAGACAAUGUUUUCUGUGAAAUAAAUUCUUUGACGAUUACUACAAUGCACGAUUGGGGAUUGCCUGGCCUGCCUAUGAAGUUAUGAAGGAAAAUAAUUGUAUCUUCAAAAAGGCAGCCUAUUAUACUCUGCUCUGUUACCUUGAACUCUUAAGACUAUUUCAUAUUAUUUCUGGAAGAACUGCCAGAAAUAAUGUUUACGGGAUUUGUAUAUGUAGAGAUGUAGGAAUUCAUUUGAUUAUGUCAUGAUUGGCAAAUAAUAGUAAUAUGUGAUAUUUUAAGCAUUAGAGACUGACACAUUCCAAGAAUAUAGAAAUUUAAGACUCUUACUUACUUUCUUAGUUUUGUAUAUAUGGGCAAAGCUUGUACAGAAGAAAACUAUAUGAUUUGUGAUUCACAUUUAAUAAAUGUAUUUCACCAACUA